AUGGAACCGCAAAUACCCGACCUAAUUCUACUCUCGACCCCGGACGGCUUAACAGCUACACGACCCGACUCUCCCACCGAAACAAGUCAUCCAGGUGCGCAUUCGGCCGAACAUGGAUGCUGGAUGGAGGAACAGGCGGCCCUCGUCUCUCCGGGCACCUCAACGUCAAGCAUCCGUCCCCCCUCCUCAAGUAUUCAACAAUCUGUCCCGUUCUCGACCUUCGACGAGAAACAAGGGUCUCUCUCACUCUUGGAUUCCAGUAUGAACCUGGGAGUCAUGAAUCGACGCAAAUCCACCUUCGUCAGCCUCGACAGCCACACACCGAUGAUGUCGAGGAAGAGGUCGAUGAGGUCAUGUAUGAGUGAGUUGGAAGCGCUAGCCGCGCAGAGACGUCGCCAGGUCCCCAUCAUACCCAAACACACUAGAUCCGCCAGAAUUGACUUGAUGGCAGGUGAGAUUUUUGCCCCCUGUGUCUUAAGCUGUGUCGCUCCGUAUGUUUCGUUUAAUAAGCCAAGAACAUUCUAA